AAAGAAACCCGCUUCCACAGAGACGACCCUAUUCCCACGCUUCUUUGAGUUCUUUCGAGCAAGUCUUGGUACGAGAGAGAGAGAGAGAGAGAGAGAGAGAGAGAGGCUCUUCCUUCGACAACAUCGCCCUUAACGAUUACAACAACAACAACAACCACAACCACAACCGCCACCUCUGUCUCGUCCGUCUUUUCUUUCCUCUACGCUAUAUUCUUCACUCUUCAUUCUCCAAAUCAAUCCACCAUUGAACCUCUUUUCUCUUUCUCUGGUUUUCUCCGCUUUAAUUGGAUUUUGGGUUCUUCUUUCUUGGUGGGUUUGUCAGAUUGGAUUUUUUUUUUUUUUUUUUUUUCUCUGGGUUUGCUUUCUUUUUUCACAUUGCCUCCUUCUCGUUUGUCCGUUUUCCCAUUGGCUCUUUCUCCUUCUGAUAGACAAUGUAGGGAGAGGAAUGGGUGACAAUGGCCACGCUGAGAUCUGCUCGGUGUAGUUUCGUGGGCUAUUUCAUCGUUUUGAAUCUGUUCCUCGCGGGAUUCAUUCCAGAGGUUACUUUGUCCGCUGGGUGUUGACUAUUUUUGCCCCAAUAUCUGUCAGUAAUUUGUACUAAUGUGGUGGGCAAUGAAGGGUUACACGGUCUACCUAUGUCCUAUCUAUUUGUGAGUAAUCAUUUCUUCUAGUUUGAGCUCGAUCGAACAGCUUAGUGUUGCCGUCUUUCUAUAUUUCUUAUAUUACUACUCGGUUAUCAUUAUUCCAGUUUAGAAAAGGCUGUUCAUGCAACAUAUUGCUAAACUUGUUUUUUGGGGAUUCGUAUUGCAAUGGCUGAGAAGAAUGCGUCGUCCCUGGGAAUUAUUUCGCGGAACUCUUUGUUUUGUUUGUUCACAAUAAUAUCAGUCUUGUUCAUACUAUCUUGGUUUUUCGUGCUGCGUUCAACUGGUCGUCCUCACUACAUUGACCAUAAUUUGUUACCCAAUUCUAAGCUUCUUGCUACAAGUGACAAUGGGGAUUCUACAACCCAUAGUCAAAAGGAUGUUGAACCCUCGACUGGAAAUCGAUCAAUCCUUGUGGACAUUGAAGGAGAAGAAGCACCCCAAGAAAAUGCAAUAACCCAAUCAAAAGCUGAGGUGAAUUGCAAUCCCAAUAAUGGAGUAGUUGUAGGCCAGCAAAAAGAAAAUAAAGUAGUUCUUAAGGUUUUUAUGUAUGAUUUGCCCCCCAAAUUUCAUUUUGGACUUUUAGAUUGGAAGGCCAAAGGGGAUAUUGUUUGGCCUGAUAUUCGAUCUAAGCUACCUGAUUAUCCUGGUGGGUUGAACUUACAACACAGUAUAGAAUAUUGGCUUACUUUGGAUCUCCUCGCUUCUGAACUCCGUGACGCUCAAAAUGCUCAUAGUGCAAUAAGAGUCCACAACUCUAGGGAAGCUGAUAUUAUAUUUGUACCAUUCUUUUCUUCUUUAUGCUAUAACAGAUAUUCCAAGGCCGACCCACUCCAGAAAAAGAGCAAGAACAAGUUGCUACAAGAGGAGUUGGUGAGGUUUUUAACUGCUCAGAAGGAAUGGAAGAGGUCAGGAGGACGUGACCACUUAAUUGUGGCCCAUCAUCCAAAUAGCCUUUUAGAUGCAAGGAUGAAGCUCUGGCCUGCAACAUUUAUACUUGCAGACUUUGGAAGGUAUCCUCCCAACAUAGCAAAUGUUGAAAAGGAUGUGAUUGCACCUUACAAGCAUGUCAUCAGAUCAAAAGUUAAUGACUCUUCUGAUUUUGAUACCCGUCCAACUUUGCUAUACUUCCAAGGAGCAAUAUAUAGAAAAGCUGGAGGCUUUGUUCGGCAAGAGUUAUUUUAUCUGUUGAAGGAUGAGAAGGAUGUGCAUUUUGCAUUUGGAAGUGUUCAAAAGGAUGGAAUUAAGAAAGCUACCCAGGGAAUGCACGCUUCAAAAUUCUGCCUCAAUAUAGCAGGCGACACGCCCUCAUCAAACCGCCUCUUCGAUGCCAUUGCUAGCCACUGCGUCCCAGUCAUAAUCAGUGAUGAUAUCGAGCUCCCUUAUGAGGAUGUUGUUGACUAUUCUCAGUUCUGCAUAUUUGUUCGUUCAAGGGAUGCUCUCAAAGAAAACUUCCUCAUAAAUCUCAUCAGGAGUAUUGGGAAGGAUGAGUGGACCAGAAUGUGGCACAAGUUGAAAGAGGUUGAAAACCUGUACGAGUUUCAGUACCCGUCGAAGGAGGGUGAUGCGGUCCAAAUGAUAUGGCAGGCUGUUGCGCGCAAGGUUCCUGCUAUCAGAUUGAAGUUGCACAAGUCUAGGCGGUUCUCACGUUCUCUUGUCCGCUCAGAGAGGGGGUCAAGAUCGAUACCAUCGCCAAGUAAUUUUUGGUGAGAAAGGAAAUUUACAUUCUUUGGUGCUCUGCAUUUCUAGAGCUUUGGAAAUUGGAAGUGAGAAGUAGAAUGUAGUAAUUGGGAGAC